GGAGCGGAAGGAAGCACACCUCAUGACCAGAGUGCAGGUCCAGAGGGGAAGGCCGCAAGGAAGGAGGAGGAGCAAGAAGCGGAGGAUGGAAGAGAGACGGAAACGGAAGGCACGGGAGUAGGAGAACCAGGAAAAGUGGUGGAAGAAGGCAACCGAGUGGAGGAGCAUGAGAGAGAAGAAAGCGAGGGAGGAGUGUUGGAGAAGGAGACGGUGGAAGAGCAAGUGGACUGGGGGAAAGUGCCCUGGUGGAAGAGAUGAGGGGUAUGGUGGAGGAACUGGCGGGGGGAGGCUGGUAUCUCUCCACUGCCGCCAUCACCAAAGAAGAGAAUGAAGAGGAGGGUGCGAUUGGCCGACAGUGAGAGGGAAGGGAUGGCCAAGAGAGUGAUGGGGGUGGGAGAAACAUCUGGGCUGCUGCUGGUUUCCCCAGGCCCUCAACUUCUGUUGGGUGGGGACACACCUAACAAGACUCAGGACUGGGUACAGGAGGAGGUGGGGAGUUUUUUGUUUGGGGACUCAGCCUCCCCGAUUUUUUUCCAAUCCAGCUGCAGCACUGGGGAGGGGGAGGAUUGUGGGGGUAAAGGGCACCCCGGAGCCAAACACUAAUCCUGCAUCCUGGGUUGGUGAGAUGGAGGAAGAGGGGGGAAUGUCGGGAGUACGGAUGGUGUUCUCACCGGUAGAUAUGGAGCAGGGGAGCAUCGGGAAAACCCUUACAGAAUCACCCACCACAACAGGACCAAGCGGCGUGGUAACGGGCAACAGCAAAAGCAGCAGCAGGAGAAGCAACAGAGGCAGCAGCAGCAGGAGCAGCAGCAGCAGCAGUGGGAGAGGCUGCACUAUUUGGAGGAAUGGACAUGGGAGGAAGAAUUGGAAGGAAAAGGACCCUGGGCACAGCCUGGAGAAUAUCGCCGCCCCAAAGAAGAGCUGAAGGCGGAGAGGCGCUGGUAUGAGGAGGCAGCACGGCGGCGUGGAUGGAAGCCCGAGAGUCAGCCCCAAAAAUGUCUUGGGGGUGGCACACAGGAAGUGUGGCGAAGCCAGGUAGGAGACCUGCGCCAACUUCCUGUGCUUACCGGGGGGCUGGAGAGACCGGGCAGGCACCGUGUUAUGCUGUGAAGCGCACGGUGUCCCCAGUGCGGGUGCAUAGCCCGGUUCGGUACAUUCCAGCUCCGCGUAUCGGCCGGGCUAGAGUGGGCAUCGAGCCAAGUGCCAUGAAGCCGGCUCUACGCAUCUGGUCUCCAGUGCGUCUCCUUGGGCCGGCUUACAUGGCACCAGCCUUGCGCACGGUGUCCCCGGUUCGCCUGCAUAGCCCAGUGCGGGCUAUUCCACCUCGCCGCACUGGCAGGGCGACCGAGACCAUUCAACCAGGUAAGGUUGGGCAGGCUCGGUGCUCCAGAGCUCCAGUGCGCCUGCACGGUCCGGUCUAUCCGUCACCACCUCCACGCACCAGCCCUCCGGUGGCAGCCCCCCGCACCAGGCUGUCUCUCCGGCUCAUCCUUACAGGGGCUCCCUCCUCUCCAGCGCAGCCGGAGUCUCCCGCCUGUUCGGCGCUACCAGAGCUCCCGCCCCUCAUUCCAGAGGCGCCAGAGCUACUCAGUCCAGAGCUGCCAGAGCCUUCCUCUCCAGCGUUGACGGAGCUUCCCGUCUGCCCAGCGCCAUCUGAGCCACCCGUCUGCCCAGCGCCGCCUGUGCCGCCAGUCUGCAAGGGGCCACCUGUACCGCCAGUCAGCCAGGGGCCGCCAGUGCCGCCAGUCAGCCAGGGGCCGCCAGUGCCGCCCCUCAGCCCAGAGGCGCCAGAGCCCCUCAGCCCAGAGGCGCCAGAGCCCCUCAGCCCAGAGGCGCCAGAUUCCCUCUGUCCCGAGCAGCUGCCCCUCUGUCCAGUGGGGUCAUUGAGAGGGGUUGCCAUGGUUAGAAAGCCAUGGAGGCGGACAAUGAGGCGGACUAAGACAAUGGUGAAGUGGGGUCCGCGUCCCGCGCCAGAGCCGCCACCGCGGACAGACGCCCACCCAGACCCUCCCCUAUAGGUCAAGGUUUUGCGGCCGGAGUCCGCACCUUUGGGGGGGGGGUACUGUCACGUUCUGACCUUUAUUUCCUUUGUUUUGUAUUUAUUUAGUAUGGUCAGGGCGUGAGUUGGGUGGGCAGUCUAUGUUUGUUUUUCUAGGUUUUGGGUAUUUCUAUGUUUAGGCCUAGUAUGGUUCUCAAUCAGAGGCAGGUGUCAUUAGUUGUCUCUGAUUGAGAAUCAUACUUAGGUAGCCUGGGUUUCACUGUGUGUUUGUGGGUGAUUGUUCCUGUCUCUGUGUUUUGCACCAGAUAGGGCUGUUUUUGGUUUUCCACGUUUAUUGUUUUGUAGUGUUCAUGUUUAUCUGUUUUUAUUAAACAUGAAUCAAUAUAACCACGCUGCGUUUUGGUCCGCCUCUACUUCACCACAGGAAAACCCUUACAUCGUCACACUCCUCAUCAGAGGAAGAGGACGAACAUUACACUGAGGUUAACACAAGUUUAGGAGUUCUUUUACGUUUUGUUCUGUGAGAUUAUGUCAGUUAACAUGACCUUUAUGAAUUAUGAAGCCUUUAUGUGCUUUUUAAAUCAUAUAAAUGCUUAAACAUUCACAAAGGGAAGUUAGCUGAUAGAUUAUCUCAUAGAACAAAACGCAUAAGAUCGUCUAAACCUGUGUUUACUACAGACCUUAUUUUCAGAGUUUAUCCAAAAACACCAUUAGUUUCCACAUAGGCUUUGUCCAACAAGCCAUGCCGGAGUGAGCGUGCCUAGAAAAAGAUGCCAUUAAUAUUUCUCUCUGUAAAUAUAAUGGAUAAUCUGUGCUUCUGCCGAGUCCCCUAAACAGAUGUUCCCGUUUUCAGGAGAAAUGGAAAGAGAGCCUGUGAGGUCGAAUCCGCUUUUGGACGUUAACAAAGCGACACUCCAUUUUAACUCGUCCACAUUUACUGGAUUGGUAGAACAGUGCAGAAGAGAACCCUGCAAGUUUUAUUUUAUUUUUGUCAAGACCAGAAUAUUGGGGGAAUCUAGUUUCAGGCAUUUCUGUUAGGCCUGCUACAUUAGUUUAGGGGAGAGAUAACCAAAUAGAGAAAAAAGAUAAAUGAUCUAAGAGUACAGGACAUAAUGUAAAUAAACGACCCCAGGGUUCACAUAUUCUUGGAAUGAGAAUGUUUAAGGCCAAGAGUUUUACCUGACUACUUGACCAGACCAGGAAAAACUCUGAGCCUGUAUUUCAGCCUUCUGUAUGUCAGUUAAUCAAUGACUAAAAUAGAGACAUGGGCAAAUUUAUGGAUACUGAACUGGUGAUGCAUGAGACAUUGUCGAAGUGAUGCGCUGUCUUUCUUAAAACAGUUGGUGGCUACUUACACAGAUAAAAUCAUGUUUUUUGUCAAACCAUUGCAAGGGAAGUAGUGUUGUCUGACUAAAACUGAAGGGGUAGCCUACUGUACAAAGUCAAGGAGCUCAAUGGGUGUGUCGUGUAAUGUGUACUUCAAUAAUGUCAUGUACAUUAAGGAUUUUUGAAAUACUGCACAGUACUGGCAAUAGAUUGACCAAUCUUUCACAGCAGCAAUGAUACUGUGAUUUCUGGAACAACUUCAGAGAAGGUGAUGGAUGUAUUGUAACGUCUAUUGAUACUUGUCACCCUUCAUUCCCCCAUUGCUUCCCAUUGAAACAUUCUGUGCUAUAUUGUGGUGUUCUCUGUCUCUGACUGUGUACGCUGACCUUGUACCGUAUCCAUGACCUUAUAACCAAUCAAACUCAGACCAUAGCUGAUGAUAGUCAAUGUAUGUAGUCGUACAAUUUCAACUGGAUAUCCACAGCUAUGCAUUAAGACAUUUUAGUAACCUACUGUGAUAGUGGUUUAUAAUUAUAAAAUGACUUGUUGUUUGCUGUUACUGUAUUUCUUUAAUGAAUUAUCUCUUAAUAGAAUAGAACAGAAUACCUUUAUUUUCACAAGAACUUACAAGAUAUUAGACAGUAAAAUAUUAGACAUUAAAUACAUUUACCUGAAACAGAAUCUAUUGUGCCAGGUCCGCAUUUUAAAAACAAAAAGCAAUAAGAUCAUAUCUGGAUAGACAGUCUGUAAGGCUAAACAGGGCCUCUCUACUCUAUAAUGAAAUAUUGAAGAACAAAAUAUUAGUUUGUCAACACUACAUUAGUGUGCAGCAAACCUUUACAGAUACAAUUGAAACUGUGGAUUUGAGACAGAUGUUUGUCAUGUUAGGCCUACAUAUUUAUAGGAUUUACAAUCAGCCUAGAAUUUUUACUUUCUAGUUUUAGUAUUGUUGAUCAUGCAAAUAAAUCCCUGUAGCCAAAUUAAGCACAGACAUUUUUAAUACUAAAGUAUUCAAUUGUUACUGAAUAAAAUCUUGUCCUAGAUUUGUCCUAGUGGUAUAGUGAAUAUAUUUUCCACAUUAAUCAAUCAUAAACAGGUGAUGCAAAGUUGACUUAUUCGGCAGGCAGUUCUGGAUAAUUCAAGCCUUUAUUGUAAAAAAAAAAAUCUAGAACUGGCUGACAGCACCAUCUCUAUCAAGUCCAUCCAGAAAGUCAACAAUUUCCUCAGCUCUGUCUCCUCCAUUAUGGACAACGGACAACAGAACACGAACACUGCUGUCACGUUGGCCAGUGGGUAGCAUAAUCUCUACUGCCUUCUUGUGGAUAUCAAUUGACCUGGAAGCAU